AUGCCAAGAAAAAAGUCUGCUGCUAAAAGAGCCAGAGAAGAAGCGAAAAAAGAAGCAGGUGUAGCUGCUACGGAUUCUGCUACCGAGAAAACUUCUGAAAACCCUUUCACUACAGUUAAGCCUUCAAUCGAACCAAGGAAACCGUACAUUCCUAGUGAAGAUGAGGAAGAGGAUGAUGAGGAAGAAGAGGAGGAAGACGACUAUGGUGAGCUAAUUACUGAUGAAGUGGAAAACGGUAUUAAUCAAGUGCUAGAUGCGAUUAAAAAUAAUAAAACUGAUAAACUGUUGGAUCCUAAAGUUAAAUUCUUCGAAGAUCCUGAAUCUGCUGCCGCUAACGUUGCAAACCACGAGGGUAAGCAUAAGCCUAUUUAUUUAAAGGAUUAUCACCGUAUGAACAUACUUUCUGGUAAUGCCUUAAAGGAAGAUGACGAAGAAAACGAACAUGCGACUGUUGAUGGGAAACAAUCUUUCGUCUCGCAACAACGCGAAGAGAAAACCCAGCUUUUGAAUGAAAUUAAGAAUGCCUUUAACGAUGAAGACAAUGAAGAGGUCAGUGGAGAUGAAGAUGAUGAUGGAUUUUUGAAGAAAAAGGAACCUUCUACUAAGAAAGAAGGAAAGAGUUUACCUGAUCCUACUGUAAAUGAAGAAGAUUUUCUGGAAGAGUUUGUGAAUCAACAGGCCUGGAUUCCUAAGAAGGGGGACAAGGUGAUUUCUCUGGACCUUAAUAAUAAUGAAGAAGACGAUGAAGAAUUUGAAGAUGCUGCGGAAAAAUUCGAAAAUGCCUAUAAUUUUAGAUACGAAGAUCCAAACGCAGCUGAAAUUGUAUCAUACGCACGUAGCCAAGCCACUUUAAGAAGAUCUGAUAACUCUUCACGUAGAAGAAAAAGAGAAGAAGAAAGAAAAAUCAAAGAACAAGUCAAAGUAGAAAAAGAGACGGCUGUUCAAAAGAAGAAGACUAAAAAAUUGAAUAAAUUGACUGAUAUUUUAGAGCAAUUAACCAAGGAAUACGGUGCUGAAAUUAAUGCCGAUAUGGUGAAAAAAAUUACUGACACCCUAAUGAAAAAUGAUUUCAAAGAAGAAGAAUGGGAUAAUGUAGUGGCUGAACUAUUUAAUGAAGAAUUUUAUCAACAGGAGGGGAAGCCCACCUGGAACGAGGACGACGAAAUAAUGGGUGACUUCUAUGCCGAUGGAGAUGGCAAUGGCGAUGUCGAAGGGGAAGAAGAUGAGGUGCAAAAAGAACAAAAAGAAGAAGACGAAGAAGAAGGUCCUAAGAGAAAGAAAAGCAAAAAAGAAGAAAAACUACAAAAGAAGAGGGAAAAGAGAAAGGUUAAUGAAUUAGUAGAAAAUGCUUUAGAACAGAACAAGCUAGCGCUAAUAGAGGAGGUUGAAAAAGAAGAAGAAGAAAGAAAGAGUAGAACUCGUACGAAAGAGGAGCAAGAUUUCAAGUUCCGUUACCGUGAAGUUUCUCCUGAGAGUUUUGGUUUGACUGCAAGAGAGAUCUUUGCCGCCGACGACACAGAUUUAAAUGAAUUCAUUGGUUUGAAGAAGUUCGCACCUUAUCGUGCCAAGGAACUAAGAGCGAAGGAUAAGAGGAAAGUGAUGAAGGCAAGAAGAUUAAGAGAGUGGAGGAAGAAAACUUUUAAAAGCGAAAAGGGUUUAGCUCCAGUCGGAUCAGAAGCAGGUGAGAAGGAUGAGGAUACCAUACUAAUACCUGUAGAAAAAGAUUCUAAAAGCAAACACAAGAAGAAGCACAGUCAUAAACAUAAAAGCCACCAGAAAAACUAA